AUGAAUCUCGACGUCGUGAAUCAGACCCUCAAUUCGAUUGCAGGCAAAGCCCAAAAAGAACAGGGCCUCUCUGCGCAAUCGUUUUUGAUCUCGGUAUGCCUCUACGGCAGUCUAAUCAUAGCAUCUGCCGGCUUAUUUACUUGGCUGAAAAAUGUGAGCUACGCGAUCUUCCAGCCGAGUUGCAUAGAUGAUCCAACAAUAGAGCCACUGCCACGGGGCAUCAGUUGGCUUAGGAAGCUGCGAACAGUGACCGAAGACUCGAAUACUCUUCAAAUCAAUCACGGCUUGGACAGUUAUUUGGUCCUGCGUUUCUUGCAGGUAGCGUUCAAAAUACUUACUGUACCAUCUAUUUUUGUCCUGCCCGCGUUGCUGCCGGUCUACUAUACUGCCGGCCACGCUGCAGUAACAGGACUUGACCAGCUGAGUAUCUCCAAUGUACAGCAAGGUCAGAUCGCACGUUGCUGGAUUAUCGCCACUGUAGCUCUGUUUCUCCACCUAUAUGUCUGCCACGUCCUGUGGAAGGAGUUCCAUGUCAUCACGAAUAUAAGGCAGCAGUAUCUCCGCCGGAUGGCACGAUCAGCAGUCAUUCCCCCAAUCCUUGUCACCGACAUUCCCGCAGACAUCCAGGACCGAGAAAUCCUGACACAGAUCUUCGUUCCGUUCUGCAAUCAUGCUGAAGUCAGUUUUCCUCUGGAGAGCAAGCGUGUGAUCAAGGAGGCGGAAUACAAUGAGCUUCUCUGCAGUGCAGUGCACCAGCCAAUACAGGACUGCAGAGGAAAAUUAAAAGAUCGGUUUGUACGGACGAUGUCGAGAUUUCACGUGAAACGACGCAUGCAACGCCUGAGAAAUGAGCUGCAGCAUUUCCGGAGCAUUGCCAUUGUACAAUUUCCGUCUCUGUUAGCCGCACAUCUCUGUCUGCAAGCUCAGCUAGGACAGAAGCCGUCUACCGUGGUUACCCAUGUCAUUGACCAAUCUGCCACCAUUGAUGCAAGGGUCUGCAGGGGCGGAACUUCAGUCAUGAUUCAAAAUUGUCUAACCACUGUGUUCCUAAUAUCCUGCUCAUUGCUAUGGGUAGUUCCCAUCGCUAUGACCGGGUUACUGUCCCAGGUGGUCUACUUGAAGUCAGUGAGCGCAUGCGUGGCUCGGCUGUCGGAAUUUCAGUUGGGCCUCAUUCAAGCGCUCCUGCCACAGGUCGCUCUUGCCGCAUUGAUUGAUGCGUCGCGACAGGUCCUUGUCCAGAGGCACUACUUUUUCUUCCUCUACAUCCAGGUCUUCCUCGUGGUUUCGAUUUCCUCCAGCUUGACGACAAUGAUUCCAGACAUGAUACGAGAUAUCCAGGCCAUACCCGCUCUACUGGCCCGAAAUCUACCCAAAGCUUGCGACUACUUCUACUCAUACUUGCUAAUGCAGGCCGUCACUCAGUGUGUUUUAUCAUUCUUCCAGCUCCCACGGAGCCUCUGGGAUAUGUUGACGACCAAACCGAGAAAAUCCACUCGCACGAUGAUCACUUGGAACUUAAUCUAUCCUGUUCUGACAAAUCUUCUCUGCAUUUGCAUGAUAUUCUCUGUAACGUCUCCUCUUAUUCUUCCCGUGGGCACCCUCGUUUCCGGGACUCUUUGGGUCACGUAUGCCUAUCAGGUCAUUUAUGUUUUGGAAAGCCCCGUGGGCACUGCAGGCCUACUCUAUUGGGAAGCACUGCAACACCUGUUCGUGGGAGUCUAUACCUUAGACCUUUUCCUUGUUGGGCUAUUCAUGUUGCGGGAUGCGUAUGGACCAGCGGUGCUGGCCGCCGUAAUACUCGCGCUAGUGGCUGGACUCCAGUAUUAUUCCCACCAGCACUUCCGUCCCCUUGUUCAUUACCUCUCAGCGAGUGGUUCCGGUACAGAUCCCUAUUUUGCAGAGCAAGUCAGUUUCUGA